AUGCCAAGAUUAUGGUGCAAUAAUAAUAAGCCGAAACAAAGUGACACAUCGCUAAGACCAUCUCUCUGCGGCAAGCGACGGCGCAUGCGCAGAUUCCCCCUCCAGGACCUCGCUUACAUACCGUUCAUCUCUCUCCUCUCUUUUCUGGUAUUAUCUCGCGCUUUUUGAAGCAUUUUAAUCUUACUGUCAUCCCCAGUUUAUCAUUUAAAUGCUCCUCUCACGCACGUUGAUAGGCUGUGGUCGCAAAGGCCGCUUGUUAGGGCAGGCCCGCACGGGAAGAGCACCCAGUAAAGAGGUUCUCUGUAACACCUUGUACGUGGUCCUUGGCCGAGGGAAGGCCGUACUCAGGGGACACGUCGCUAGGCUCACGUCCUUAGGCCUCUUGACCACCUUCAGGAGUCUUAGUGCUGCCACCAUGGGUGUAAAGGAGCAAGUGGACUCGGUGAUCAAGUCGGAGGAGGACUUGCGCAAAUAUCGAGCUCUUGUGCUGGAGAAUAACCUCAAGGUUCUGCUGAUAUCUGACCCAAAUACGGAUAAAUCUGCAGCAGCCUUAGAUGUUCAUAUUGGAAGUAUGUCAGAUCCCAGAGAACUCCCUGGGUUGGCCCAUUUUUGUGAACACAUGCUUUUCAUGGGUACAGAAAAAUAUCCCUGUGAAAAUGAGUACAACAAAUACCUAGCAGAGCAUGGGGGAUCCAGUAAUGCUUACACAGCUGCUGACCAUACCAACUAUUAUUUUGAUGUAGCGCCAGAAGCAUUCUCUGGAGCCUUAGACAGAUUUGCGCAGUUCUUUCUGACACCACUGUUUACGGAAAGUGCGGUGGAUCGUGAGGUGAAUGCAGUUAAUUCGGAACAUGAAAAAAAUUUACAAAAUGAUUAUUGGAGGUUAACACAGCUUGAAAAGGCAACAGCUGAUCCAAGUCAUGACUUCAGCAAGUUUAACACUGGAAACAAGGAAACAUUGGAUACAAUUCCUAAAGAGAAAGGUAUAAAUGUUCGAGAUGCUCUGCUGGAAUUUCACAAACAAUGGUACUCUUCAAACAUCAUGGCCUUAGCUGUCUUGGGCAAAGAAAGUUUAGAAGAGCUGCAAACAAUGGUGCUGGAAUUAUUUUCUGAGGUUGAGAAUAAAAAUGUGACAGUCCCUGAGUGGAAGAGCCACCCCUUUGGACCCGAACAGUGUCGUAAAUAUGGGCAGGUUGUGCCUGUGAAGGAUAUUCGGAACUUGUAUAUCACUUUUCCGAUCCCAGAUCUUCAUCCUCAUUAUAAGACAGCUCCUGGCCACUAUUUGGGGCAUCUCAUCGGGCAUGAAGGUCCAGGGUCAUUGCUCUCCUAUCUUAAGGGUUGUGGAUGGGUGAAUUCUCUUGUUGGUGGUCAGAAGUCUGGUGCUAAAGGCUUUGCCUUCUUUGUGGUCAAUGUUGAUCUCACAGAAGAAGGGAUCGAGCAUGUGCAAGAUAUUGUGACAGCUGUUUUCCAGUACCUGAACUUGCUGAGAAGAGAAGGUUCGCAGGAGUGGGUGUUUGAAGAGUGUAAAGACCUCAGUGCCAUGACAUUCCGCUUUAAGGAUAAGGAACGUCCCCAGAGUUACACUUGUGCUCUGGCGGAACAGCUGCAUUAUUACCCACUGGAAGAGGUGCUUUGUGGUGGAUACCUGUUAAGUGAAUACCAGCCAAAUCUUAUUGACAUGGUUCUAACUCAUCUUCAGCCUACCAAUAUCCGAAUUGCCGUUGUUGGGAAAGCUCUUGCAGAGAAGGCAACGGAUGUUGAGAAAUGGUAUGGGACACAGUACAAGAUGGAUAACAUUAAGAAUGACCAACUUGAACAGUGGGAAAAAGCUGGGUUCAAUGAGUUGCUGAAGUUACCAACCAAAAAUGAAUUUGUUCCUACAAACUUUGAGUUGUUUACAGAUGAAAAGAAUGGAAAGACUUUGCCAGAGAUGAUUAGCGAGUCUCCCUUGGCUAGAAUUUGGUUCAAGCAAGAUGAUGAAUUCAAGCUGCCGAAAUCUGUUGUGUAUGCAGAACUUUUUAGUCCUUUGGCCUACCUGGACCCUCACCACACCAAUCUACUGCACAUGUUUGCACAACUGUUUCGGGAUGCACUCACUGAAUACACUUAUGCUGCUGAGUUGGCUGGACUUGUGUAUUCCUUGUCCAAUACUAAGUAUGGUCUUACACUGAACGUCAAGGGUUACAACGACAAACAACAUGUAUUGCUGGAGAAGAUCAUGGAACGCAUGACUUCAUUCACUGUUGAUCCAAAGCGUUUUGAGAUUCUUAAAGAUGCUUAUGUCCGUGCCUUACGUAACUUCAGAGCGGAUCAACCACAUCAACAUGUUGUAUUUUAUACAUCCUUAUUGCUGGCAGAACAUGGUUGGACAAAGGAGGAGCUUUUGAAUGCCACUGCAGAGCUGACAGUGGAGGCUCUAGAGGCCUUUAUCCCAAGGUUCCUUUCAAAUCUCCAUAUAGAAAUGUUAGUGCACGGAAAUGCAACAAGAGAUGCCGCAAUGCGCAUGUCUUCUAUCAUCCAGAAACACCUGACUGACAAGGCACACACCAAACCUCUCCUUACUUCCCAGUUGACUCGGCAAAGAGAGUACCAAUUGAAGGAUGG